ACAGAACAUCUGUUUCUCACUGACGUAUUUCUAUUAACUUCCUAGUUAGUCAUCAGAGUACGUUGACCGAUAUACUCAUAUAUAUAUUAUUUUAUGAAGUGGCUCACGUGUUUUCAUAAAAGGUGUAUGUUGGGUAUAGAUGAAUGGCUUGCCGUUAUCUGACAGCGUCGUUUGAUGAUGAGAGACAGCUGGUUCGAACAUCAGUUGGCUGGGACUACCAGAUGAGUACGGAAGGUCAACCGGACUAUGGAGCCUUUAUGUACCAGAUCAGGGAAGCCAACAAGGAAUCUGAAAAUAUUAUCGACUUUGGUUGUAAAACAUCAAAUAUCAUUUGUAACACAUUAUUUGUCACAGUCUUUGUUGGACUCUCGAUGGCUGUUCCGGUUGCCAUGGUUUCAGUAGGAGUAAAAUAUUUAGAAGAUUGUCCAAAAGAACCUCGGAUUCCUAUAUAUCUGUUGGUGGGUGGUUGCUUUGGAAUGAUCAAACUGCUGUCUACACUAUGGAGAAACAUACAGACUCGCCGCUAUCAAGAUAUUGAAGUUGUAUUUGAUGACCACGACUCAGACGGGGCGUUUGCCAACACUACAUACCGGACAAUGGAUACCAUACUAUUCUUGUUUCUCAUUGGCUGGCAAAUUGCGGGCACGUAUUGGACGUUACAUAUAUGGACGCCUCAUUUUGAACAAUUGCUUCAUGAGCCGAGUAACUGGUGUGACAAGACUGUGUACAUGUUCACUGUGUACCAGCUCUCUGGUUCAUAUGGCGUUAUGGUUGUGUUUAUACUGGUGCUUUUUAUGCUCAUGUGCUGCCAAAGAUGCUGUUAUAGAUAAAAUAUAACGCCCAAAUGCCUAAUUUCAUAUGGUACUUUUACGGAAAUAAAUAUAUUUUGAUGGUUUAAGGGACCAUUCGUUUGAUGUGAUGCUAUAAAAGUUUGCAUUCAAUAUGAAUCAAAUAUUUAUAGGUUUAGGCUCCCGCUUUCUGUACGUCUGUAUUCCCUCUAGUGAGUUUUAACUCACAUGAAUGCACAAAAUUAUAUUUGAUGGUAGAUAGUACUAUAAAUCUGAAAGCUUUAUAAUUUAAAGCUCUUCCAUGAGAUAACUCGUUUUUGUCAAUAGAUAAAAUUGAGAAAAGCAUUUGGUUGUGGAAAGACUAUGAACACUUUGUUUCUUGUCUAUCUGUAUGGUAUAUUUUUGCAAUCGACGUUUAGAUCGAAUUGCUAAAUUCCAAAUAUUGAAACGUUAUAUAUAUAUUUGGGAACUUUCAGAAACUGAUUUUAGAUUUAUACAACAUAGAAAUAUCAGCUGAAUCUUUCUGAGAAACAUUGUGGUUGCAAUUAAUCAACUAAGUGUCUAAUCAUGAAAACAAAUCUAAAUUUAAGGCCAUACAAUUGCGAAUUUAAUUCUAAUAAAAGCUUUUUGAUUUAGUAUUUUGCAUUCCAAUGAAAUGGGUUCUCACUAUGGGUAUUGCAUGUAGCUUUUUUUUCCAAUUAAAGUUUGAAACCAUAUAUCUCCAGAUUCAUACGAAACAUUAUGAAUUUUGUUUGUAUACUGCUAUGUGUUAGAAAUCAUUUUUUAUAUUUCAAAAAGAUACCAAUUAAUUUUACAAUUUCUCGAAUAGUAAAGUUUUUACAGCGUUAGCCCCGCAGUAAAAGCUAUGCUGUACAUCAUUCUCAUAAAUAUUAACACAAAUAAUAGUUAUUUAUUACACUGAGUUAUAUCAAUGUUUCUAUUUAGAGAAAUUGACAUGUGCAUUGGGAGAUAUUCCUCCUUAACUUUUAAAACCUCUAAAAGAGUGCUUGGCUCUUCGAGACUUGUACCUGAUAUUCAUGCUGUAUAGAGAAUAAACUGAACGUCAAAAUCAGGUAACACUUAAUGCCAUAGUUACACACCUAUUUAUAAGUCGUUUGGAAAAUGUUAUUCGGACAGUACCGCUGAAGACAUUUGUACUCAUCUCUGUUUUGCACUAGAAAGAAAUCAGUUACUUACAGAUAAUAUGUUAAAUAUUGUACGAAAUCUUGGAAUUCAUUUUAAGUGAAAAUGAAAUAAUGAUGAAAAAUCUAGUAACGUGGUAUACAUUGUAACCACAAACAUUUGAGAGUGUUUCUCUUCAAUCAAGAGUGGACGAUGUGACCUAUUAUGUGUCCAAGCAACGUUUAGGAAGAAGGCAAGCUGUAAUCAAUUCUUUUUCACAAGUCUUGGUAGUGAAUUUUGACAUAAUGAUUAUUUCAGUAUACAACGAUUGUACCGAGUGUACAUAUUUUUCAUAAUGGAAGUAAAUAAAAACACAAAUUGGUACACAGUUAGUAAACUUGUGUUCAUCAUUGAUGUUACGGUUGUACAUAAAGAAAUGCUAAUAAAUCUAGUGAAUCUAGUCCAGGAAUCAGAAACCAAUACCUUUGCAAGUUUUGCUACUUAUUUAACGUAUGAUUUAUUGUACAUGUUUGUGUUUCUUUAAAACUCUCAUGUUUCUUAAGAGUAUUUACCUGUAUUUCACUUUUCAAUAACCACAAAAAGGUGCUAUAGUGUCGUCAUAUGCUAUUACAUUUAAUAUUCAUUACGACAUGAUUUCGGACAUCUGAAUUUUCUUCAAAUGCUAGAGAUCUCUUAAAAUCAUGUUUCACAUUUUUGUUUAAGUUUGUAAAGAUAUUUCAAGAAAUCGAUUAUCAUACGGCCUGUUCAUUUCUCUCUGCCUCAUAACUAUAUUUCCAUUUAAUUUAUGACGCACGCUUAUUGUAUAAAGGAGAUACAUUUUCAUACGUAGAGUCACGUAAUAUAUAUUAUUUACGAUAUUGCAGAUUGCGUCCCUAAUGUGUGGAGAGACUCUCAUUGUUUCCAGCAAUGAGAGCUUCUCUGUAAUGUAAUCACAAAUGGGUUUCCUGACAAUUAUUUUAGCAACACUGAAUCUAAUAUGUUUCAUUCUUCAUGUCGUACGAAGUUUUGAUCAUUCCGUAUUUGCCUUUUGUUUCAAAGAAAUGUAACGCAAUUUCUUAAAAUUAAUAUUAAACCAAAUGUGAUCAGUGAGCUAAUGAGAUUAACAUUGCGAUAAGUUGCUUUUUGCCUCGCGCGUUGUUCUCUUAUUAGCAAAUUCUUUUUCAUUUUUAACUCGCCACAUCAAAACGUGCUCAAUUUGGGCGAUUGCGAUAACUCACCGUUUGUCGGUUUAUCCGCCCGUUGUCCGUUAUCAUUUACUUCGAAUAUCAUUUUCUCUGAUCCCAUUGGGUGAAGAUUGAUAAAAGUCCGCAUCAAACGCUUUUAAAACGAUUGCGCUUUGUUCCAUAUAGGGGCCGCCAGAGUAUAUACAAAUUACAUCUCCUUCGUAUUUGUUAGUCAGAGUUGGAAAUUAUUUCAAAGAAAUAGUUCAUUGUGACUCCUGCCAAGAAUGUUCGUAUUGUUUUAAUUCUUCGAAAAACAUAGCAGUCAGAGGAUGUCGUCAUUUCUACCAGUAUGUAUAUAGUGCAUACUUUAAAAAUCCUUUUGCCAGAAACUGCCAGUCUGAUUUCAAAAUAUUUUGGGUACCCAAACUUUUCUGAUUCGUACCAGAGGACAUGUGUACCAUUCCCUAUAUACAUAUAGUGAGAACUUUGCAAAUCUUCGCUAGAACCUUCUGAAAUAGUUUAACACAGAGGUGUCCUGGAACAACCUUUACGAAGUUUGUUCAAAUAUUCUGAUUCGUCGAAAACAUGAUAUCCAUAACUGACAAUAGAUGAAAUAUUCUAAUGACAUGUCCUCUUAAGCUGUUGGUUUGAUUAAAAUCAACAAAAAAGUUCUUUGUGUAAUUUACCAAGACUGUAGAAAUUAAUUUGAUUUGUUAAAGCAUGGUCUGUAUUUGCGUGGUACAUUCUUCCUAUACUUGGGAAAGUAAAAAUAUUUUCGUCAAUAGCAGCUUGUCUGUUUUUGAUAAAAAUUCACAAGAUUGUUUUGAGGUACAUUUCUACAAAACUUGUUCAGAACAUGGUUGGCGGUUUCUCAUAAGAAACAGUUGGCUCGAUUAAGUUUCACACAUAUGUUCUUUUUUGGCGACCCUAUACAAUGUAUUUUUAAUUUGAAAAGAUUUAAGCAUAGCCGCCAUUGGGCAUGGUCUCUUUCCUUAAAUGUAUAGAGUAAUAGUAAAAAUUAAAAAAUCUGGCAACUGCCUGUCUGAUUUUGAAAUAAUUUUACAUAAACGUUUCUAUUCCACGGUUAUCCCAACUAUUCUGAUUUGUCAAAUCGAUUACCACUAGAGCUUAGGAAGUUAAACAACGUGUCUUUUGAAAUAGAAAUAAUGUACUUCAUUGAAUAUCUACCAUUCAAAUGUGUUGUUAUUGAUCUUUUGUGUCCGAAACAUGGCCACAAGAGCUAAAACAGACAAAUCUGCAAACACCAUCUCCUAAAUAAUUUCAAAGAAAUGUUUUGGCUGAUUAACUUAAACUGUUAAAAAGUCAUCUUGAUUUGUGAAAAAAUAAAACGACUGCCAGGGGCCUAGAUUUUCCUAUGUGGCUCUGAGGAAAACAUUUAAAAAUCUUUUCCUUGGAAUCUUCGGGCGAGUAACUGGGCAGAAAUAUUUCUUGUUAUACCUGUCUGCGCUUGUAAAAGACCGAUGAGCGAUAUAGGGCCACCACUAUCCUCUUUUGUUGUGACUACAUUUACUUGUUUCAGUGCAAAAUCGAGCUAUUUGAAUAUGUGAAUUUACAAUAAUAGAUAUAUUAUUAUUUUACAAGAAAUAACGAUAAAAUGAUUUGGAGAGUUUCAGGAGUCAUAUCUAAAACUCGCUAUAGUACAAAAUAGAAUAAACUAGAACAAAAUAAAAGUUUGUGUACCUUAUUUUAUCGAUUUAAACAUCAUACCAUAUCAAUUUAUAAUUUUUUAUAUUUUAUAGAUGUUGCUUUUUAACAUAUUGAUAUUGUUAUGUAUAGCUGGAGUCAUGUCCCUUUAAACUGUUGCUACCGAGUAUGUCCAUACCGACAUUGUAUACAUGUAUAAUUCCAAUAACUAUUAAUUCACGACACUUCAUUUGUUUAGCGGAGAAGUUCAUACAUCGAUGAAGCCCUUAUUUUUCGUUUUUUUUUUUUUUUUGUAUUCGUGCGCGUAUUUGUUGCGUCAUUACCUAAACCGAUAGCAGUACUAUUCAAAAAGCGGCGAUAACGUGUAACACACAUUUUCAUAGUUAGAUAAUUUCCUAUCAUGGUCAUCGGUUCAAUUCAAAUUAGAUAACAAACUGUCUUUAAAUUUUUGAUACGAGAGCAAAAUCUUUAAAUUGUGAAAAAUCGGUGGGAGUUCAUCUUAUAGAUUAAUAACUUGUUGUUUUAUGCUCAUGUACAAACUCUCUUUGAAGCACACAUUUAAAAUGCUUGUGCGCGAUUUGGGCGGGUUUACAGAUACAUGACACCAGAAAAAAGAGUUUAAUCCUGUAACACAUUUCUGUUUGUAUUUUGUCUUACUUAGUUGUCAAAUGUGCAACGAUUCUUUGUAAAAUUAUUAUCAAUUUAUUACCUAUAUGUGAACCUAUUGUAUACCCUGAGGGAUUCUUUGAUGAUGAAAUAAAGUAACGAAAUAAUU